CUUUGAUACUGUACAGUAUAGCCUACGUAUAUAUACAUUUGAAAAAACAUAGGGUUUUGCAAACAGCAGAAACUUUGGCGGUUAAGAUGGCGGUAGCGGAACUUGUUUCCAAGUGCCUGCAAGCACGCGACAUGGCGUAUUGUCCUUACAGCAAGUUCCCAGUUGGAGCCGCCAUUUUGACAUCAGGGGGCGCUAUAAUCACUGGUUGUAAUGUGGAGAAUGCGUCCUAUGGUCUCACGGUUUGUGCUGAGAGGACAGCCAUACAAAGAGCUAUAGCAGAGGGACACAGAAGCUUCACAGCCAUAGCGGUCACUUGUGAUAUAAAAGAUCGUUUUGUGGGACCCUGUGGAGCCUGCAGACAGGUACUGGUGGAGUUUGGAGCAGACUGGGACAUCUACCUGACCAAACCAGAUGGAUCCUACAAAAAAACAAGCCUGAAGGAACUGCUGCCUUUAGCCUUUUCUCCAGCUGACCUCACAAAGAACUGACACACACACACACACACACAUUUUAUUUGACUGAGGUUUAGUUAGGAAUUUCCAGCCUUAGUCACAGGGAUGUAUUUGCACAUUUAAAGAAAUCUAACCCAACACUUAUAAACGUGAUCCAACUCAGCAAUGACUUGAUGGUUUAUGAGUAGCUUACAAUGCUGUUAGUAAACUUAAUAUAUCAUGUUGAUUUUUGACUAGAGCGAGACUAUAAUGUGAGUUGGGUCCUCAGGAACUGAACCAAGUAUUAAAUGAAUUUAAGUAGCUGUCCUUAUACUGGUAAUGUAACACUACCUCAUUGCUGUCAUUUGUAGGAAAUAUUAUGUGUUUGGCCAAGAACAGGGAAAUCAUGGUCAUUUCUGGUAAAGAUCAAUCAUUGCACCAUUCCCAGUUUUAAAUCAGAGAAACACAAACACAGCAUGGUUACGCCUUAGGAGUGGAGAUUAUCGAUUGUAUUCACCUGAUCUUGCACACCAUGAACAGUUCAAUUUUAGUCAAAGAUCUGAUCCGUAGAACUGCUGUAACCCGUUUUAUGCCUGCGUGUAGUUAGGAUUUUGUGAACAUAGGUUCGUAUUGAUAACACAGGAUAGAGUUUUACACUGAUCGAUUAAACACUA